AUGAAGAUCGCCUGCAGAUUCUCUCUCCAGGUGCUGCUGUCCUCAGUUACGGUGACAGGCUUCAAGCUUGGAAGCACGAUUGUUUCGAACCAAUCGACGGAUGCCUUCCCUGACUGUGAGGGCAGCAUAAUUGAGAAAGUUUACGGCCAUGGUGAGUGGCAGUGCAGUUCACUGAGCGGUCCCCGCUCCGCAGCAGCAGAGGCAAAGUGCUCGCAAAGUUACGACAUCGAUGCGGCUGGAGAUUUCUGGCAGUGCGGUGUGGACGCCAUAACCGACGAACAGUUCAACUGCAAGCACCAAAGCCUUUGCAAGGUGGGCUUUAAUCCAGCAGCCAUGUGGGAGCAGCUCCCUGAUGUCGCUGCAGAUGCCUUGCCGAAGCUAACCGGCAGUGUGGUCAUUCCUGGCACAGAGAUGCGGGCAUUGGAAAUCGGACGGUUGACAGACAACAAGUUCGCGGCCUGCGGCACGAAGUACGGCGCUGGCCCGUGGUUCUGCGCCGCUGUGGAGGAUGUGGUCGGCGGCACGAUGCUUGGUGAUCUCGUGGAGGUGGAACGAGGGGGCGUACAGGCAGAACACAUCUUUCCCUGGGCAGAUAACAAGGUGAUCUUCUGCUGGAACCGAGGACACAGUGGUGCGUGGUGCAGGUUCAUCACCUCUAAGGACAGGACAAUCACGGUCGGAAAGAAGGAGGACGACCUCGCUGCACCUGCUUGGUUGACAAGGCCCUGGUUUGCAAUGAUUGAGAAAUAUGAGGAGGGCAAGGGCGUGAUUUGCUAUCAAAACCGACUGGAGUGGGCUAAGAACCAUGCCAUCGUGUGCGGUCUGGUCGCAGAGACGGAGGGCAAACUUCAUCAAGGGCCACUCAAAACGAUCGACGGCGGAUUUCCCCAUGCAUACGCCUUCGCGGCUCUCACUUUGGUAGGACCAGGGAAGGUCAUGGCAUGCUACCGAAAGUAUGAGGGGUGGCCGGCGAGGCAAGACUACUACUGCCGCUUUCUCACAGUUGACGGCGACACCGUCUCCGUUGGGGAAGUCAUGACCAUCAAGCAACGCUCUUACGGACACGGCCAUGCGGUGAUGAUUGGCGAGACUGAGGCCCUGCUGUGCUCCUCGUACAAUCUCCAGUGCUUCCUCCUCGAUGUGGCUGGCUCCGUACCAGUGGUCACCUUUGAAUUGGCCAUGCCAAAUGUCGGCAGUCACCGGUUGGGAAGGAUGGCGCUCCUUCGUUUAUGGAGCGAUCGAGCCAUGUACUGCUGGGACAUCCGUCGAGUGAAUGCCGGCCUGGGGAACGGAUACUGCGUCGUCGUCACCUGCAAGGACAAGAAGUGUUCCGUGGGCGAGAAGUUCCAUCCCAACGAUUCAGACUCGGAGAAUUCUCCAAGAGGGGCUGAUAUCGACGCGGUCAUGCUGGCGCCGGGCAAGGUGGGAACGUGCACCCAAGAUCUCAACAACGACGGGUACCACGUUAAGGACGAGUAUCACAAGGUGAAUCCGGUGUGCUCCGUGUUCACGCUCCCACACGGCGCCUAG